AUGAAAAAGAACAAGCGAGCUGCAACUGUAAUAAAAGAGCCAUGUGAUGAAGGAAUUGUUAUUGAAUCAGGACAAACUAAGAGAAUUACAAUUGAAAAUACACAAUUGGACGUAGAAAAUGUUAUUAAAUCUAUUACCGGAGUUAUUGCUGAUGUUAGAGAAAACAUUGAGGGUGUAGUUGAUGGUCCUAGAGAAAACGUUGAAGGCAUUGCAACAAUUGGAAUCGUGGGUUCCCUUUGA